GAAAUCGCGGCUUGCCGCGGCGCGGUCGGCAGUACAUGUUUGUCACGGACAUGAUAACUUCUCCCUUUCCGAGCCACUGUUUACUGCCUAACAAUAGUGCUCUAUCUCCUAGUGUACCGAACAAGUUUUUAAAAAGCUUUUUGUGGAACCAACAGUGUUUUUUAACAAUUAAACAAGCUGUAACUCCGUAUGUUGGGUUUUGGAAUAGUUUUUUGUUCUUCCAUCAAUCAGUUCCACUACAAAUUAUGGAAACUAGAUACAAGAGCGGUAGCCGUGGUAGUAGCGUGCUGAGGCAUUUAUCAGGAGGCGGUAUCGUAAGUACUGGCGGAGGUGGGGGCACUGGAGGCGGUGGUGUAGGACGGGUUUGCGAAGUGAGACGUGUAUACAAAGCGGCCUUGGUGCCGUGUAAAACGGCCCGCCGACGGGCUCGUGGAAUGAGCAUGGGCCAGAAGGUAUCAGGAGGAGUUAAAGCUGUCAAUAGAGAUACUGCGGCGCCAUACAAACCCGUCAUUCCGAGAGAAUUGGCGCAGGAUUUUGCGCGUCCCCCUAGACUCGAUAUGUUGUUGGACAUGCCGCCGGCGAUGCGAGAAACCCAAUUGAAAUACAGUUGGAAUCAGGACGAUCGUUCUCUCAAUAUAUUCGUUAAAGAGGACGAUAGACUCACGUUUCACAGACACCCAGUAGCCCAAAGUACCGAUUGUAUAAGAGGCAAAGUGGGUUUGACGAAAGGGAUGCACUGUUGGGAGGUUUGUUGGUCGACGAGGCAACGGGGUACGCACGCCGUCGUCGGCGUUGCCACCGCCGAAGCUCCCCUUCAUUCUGUAGGAUAUCAAAGUCUAGUUGGUAGUACGGACACUUCGUGGGGAUGGGAUUUAGGACGUAAUAAAUUGUAUCAUGAUUCGAAGAACUGCCCCGGGGUAACUUAUCCGGCAUUAUUAAAACCCGACGAAACGUUCAUAGUACCGGAUAAAUUUUUAGUCGUAUUGGAUAUGGACGAAGGUACUUUGAGUUUCGUGGUUGACGGUCAAUAUUUGGGCGUAGCGUUUCGUGGAUUGAAAGGAAGAAAAUUGUAUCCGAUCGUCAGUGCCGUUUGGGGUCAUUGUGAGAUUAGCAUGAGAUAUAUCGGAGGAUUAGAUCCGGAACCUUUGCCUUUAAUGGAUCUGUGUCGACGAGUAAUAAGACAACGUCUCGGUAAACAGCAUCUGGAAGAGAGAGUGAUGAAUUUGCAGUUGCCGCAAGCCUUACAGACGUACCUCUUGUAUAGAGAUCGCAGAUAAUAUCAGGAUGGUUCUAGUGAAGUGUAUUGUUCUAAAUGUAACUGUGUUGUAGACGAUUCGUACGAAUAGAUCGAGCAAAUAUUAUUUAAUCCCCCCCUCCUUCCCCAACACUUUACUCGGAUUCGUGAAAUAUCGAUGGAAAAUCAUCGAUUUGAAUCGCGAUAUGUUCUGGAGAGCGAACAAUUUUUUUUUCCGCGAAAUUUGUUUUAUAUGUCAUUAGAAACAAUUUUUUUUCUUUAUUUUUGUUUCUUCCGGCUGAAAUUCUUCCGUUUUCAAUGUUUGAGCAAAUACUCGUCCAUUUUUAAUGCGUCUUGAUAAAUUUUUUGAUGUUUGAGCACAUGUUUAAAUAUUUUUCGAUGCGCUUCUAAAAUUGUUCUUUAAUUUUUGAAUAGUCGAGCACAUGCUUAACCAUUUUUCGAUCUUUGAACAGUUGUCAUUCCUAUCUUGAUUGUUUGAGCACUAUUUCAUCCAUGUUUUCAAUGUUGCCCGUUGUUUACAAAGUAAUUCUUCCAUAUUUUUAAUGUUUGAGUACAUGUUCAUCCAUUUUUUUACUAUUUGAACAAUUAUUCUUCCAAUUUUCAAUGUUUGGGCCAGUUUUCGUCCAUUUUUCAAUGUUUGAGCAAUUACUUUUUCUUUUUUGGACGUUUGAGUACGUUUUUGACAGAUUUUCAAUGUUUGAAUAACUGCUUUUCCUUUUUAGCAAUAUCUGAGCACGUUUUCAUUCAUUUUUCGAUGCUUUUGCAUUUGUUCUUUUAAAUUUAUAAUAUUUCAGCAGUUGCUCUUACAUUUUUGGAUGUUUGAUCGCGUUUUCGUUCAGUUUUCCAUGUUUGAGCAAAAACUCUUCCAUUCUCAACUUGCCUCAUUGCAAUUUUUCAAGUUCGAACAUAUUUUGUAAUAUUUGAACUAAUGUUUAUCCUUAUUUCAAUGCUUAAGCAGUUUCUCGAUGUUUGAGCACGUUUUCGUCCAUCUUUCAAUGUUGGAGUAGGAACUCAUUCGUUUUCAACGCGCCUUAUUAUAUUUUCAAACGCAUUUUUCAAUGUUUGAGUAGUUGCAAUCCAAUUUUUCAAUGUUUGAGCAUUUGUUCAUCUAUUUUUCAAUGUUUGAGCACUCGCUCAUUCGUUUUCCAAUGUGCGAGCAUUCUAUUCUCAGAUUCCAUUUCCAAUAUUUAACCAAGUAUUUUUCCAUGUUUAAUAACUCCAUUUGUUCAAUGUUUCAGCACAUUUUCAUCCGUUUCUACUAUAUUUGAAUGAAUAUCCUUUUAUUUUUCAAUGUUUCAACAAAUAUCCUUCCAUUUUUUCAAUGUAUGAAAGCCUAAGGACACAAUUUUCCACUUCCAAAUAGUUUUAAAUAUAAAAUGUCUAACGAUUCGUGACGCGUUACUCCAUUUUUCAAAUUUGAGCAUGUGUGCUUCCAUUUUUCAAUGUUUGAGCAAAUACUCUUCCAUUUUCGAUGCUUUUGAAAAAUUAAUCUUCCAUUUUUUUUCAAUGUUUGAGCACUUGUUUAUCUAUUUUCCAAUGAUUGAAUCCUUGUUCAUCCAUUUUUCAAUACUUUAAUACCAAUUUUUCAAUAUUUGAGCACUUAUCUAUCUAUUAUGUAAUGUUUGAGCACAUGUUCAUCCAUUUUCAAUGUUUCCGCACCAAUUUUCUAACGUUUGAGCACUUGUUGAUCCAUUUUCUAAGGUUUGAGUACUUGUUCAUUUUUUUCAAUGCUUCAGCACCAAUUUUCCAAUGAUUGAGCACAUGCUCAUCCACUUUUUACAACUCCAGCACAAAUUUUCCAAUGUCUGAGCACUUGUUCAUCCAUUUUCAAUGCUUCAGCACCAAUUUUCCAAUGUUUGAGCACUAGUCUAAACAUUUUCCAAUGUUUUAGCACUAAUCUAAACAUUUUCCAAUGUUUGAGAACAUGUUCAUCUAUUUUUUAAUGUUCCACCAGUUCUUACCAAUUUUUUCAUACUUUAACGCGUAUUUUAAUGUUUGAGCACUUUUAAUUUUUAUUGUUUGACAAUUUUUCAAAUAUUUAGGCGUUUAUUUUUCCAUUUUUAGAGACAGAAAAUAUUCGUUGAAAAUUUUUUAAUGUUCUAAUAAGUAUUUUCGAAACUUUGAGUACGUGUUUGUUGAUUUUUAUUGUUUGAGCACGUUUCUCUUCCAAAUUUAUAAUUUUUGAAAACUAAAUUAGAUUUUAGAAAGUCGAAAAUGUUUCUCUUUUUCAAUAUUCGUAUUUUUUUACGAUUUGUGUUGUUUUUAUUUGAUCUUUUUAAUUUUCUAGUUCAUUUAUUAACUUUAUAUCGAAAUGAUUUUUUUUCCUCAAAAAAUAUUAAGUAUACAUAUAAAAAUAUAAAAAAAAAAUAUUUGUAAAGCAAAAAAAAAUUAUUUGCUCUUUUCCAUAUGUUGUAACCAAAAUUCCAUCGGUAUUUCAUGUAUAUCGAAUCUUCCAUGUCCCAUGAUAAAGACUUUAUUGCUCGGUCUAAAAAGAAAUUUUUCCAGUUCGGACUGACAGUAAUUUUAACAAAUAAAAAAAAAACAAAUAAAACAAACAAAAAAAACAUAGAAUAAAAUAAAACUUGUACCAUAAAGUAGACGAAGAAAAGACUCCUAGUCUUUUGAAUUUGCAAUUAUUGCUCUGUGAUGUGAUGGUAGUUGAUUGUGAAAGACUUGAGUGAACUUUUGGUAUCGAUACUGGGUGGAAAAAGAAAUUUUUUUUUCUACUGGUUUUUAGUGCAUUUUGUUUUUUUUUUCAUCGACAACAAAAAAAAAUAAAAACGAAAGUGAUUUGAAUCCAAUGUACGUAUUAUAUUAUUGCAUUUUUUAAUGUGUUUUUUUAUUGGUAACUUUAAGGACUACAUUUUCGCUCACUCACCCCCCUUACCGCCCCCGUCCCCCUAAAAAAAUAAAAAACGAAUUCGGGAAAAUGAGAAGAAGAAUUUUGAAAACGUCUGAUUAUAUGUUUGAAAUUAUUUUGAUUAAUUAGAUUUUUAAGAGUUCGAAAUUUGUUCCUUUUUUUAUAUAUGAAUAUAUAUUUAAACUAGAUGGGUUAUGUCUGUGUGUGACAAAAUAUUUUUUAUACGAGGAGUGUAUUUAUGUUUAUAAUUCAAAAACUUUCCGAAAUUUUCAAUUUCCUACAAAGUCAUUAACAUUCUAACCGAUAUAAUCAUGUCAAAAGCGGUAUUAUAAUCUUCAAAUAUGAGAAAAUUAUUCCAUAAAAUUUAUUUUGAAACAUUAUUUGAAAUUUUUUUUCGAAAAUCUAUUUAUAAUCGAAUAUUCGUUUUUAUUUAUUAAUAAUUUUGUUGAUGAAGGCAAGUUUUUGUUUAUAAUUCAAAAAUUUUCCAAAGUUUUUGCCAUUCCCACAAAGUUAUCAACAUUCUAUCCGAUAUAACAAUGUGAAAAGCGGUAUUAUAAUCUUUAAAUAUUAGAAAAUUUUUCUAUAAAAUUUAUUUUGAAACAUUAUUAGAUUAUUUUUGAUUUUUUUUUAAAACGCCCGACAUAACUCAUUGAAUAUUUUUAUAGAGACCCAGGUACACCAUUAAGUACAAUAUGUGAGAUAAUAACGACAAAAAAAUACUUGAGACGCCAUUUUGUGUAUAAUAUUAGCAUGAAAAAGGACUUAGACAAUUCUUAUAGUCGUUUUUUUUAUUUAAUCGAACGUCCUGUUGAAAUGAUGUGUAGCUAUUAAAAGUGAAAGAGACUUUUGUCUUGUUUUGAAAUUCCAUUAAUGAAAAAUUGGCUUCAUGUCAUAUUUAUAUUGCGAAAAUUUAUUUUUAAGCCAAAAGAAUAUUUUUGGAUCUUCCCAGUAGGCAGUAGAAUAUAUUUAUUGUAUUUUAAAUGCACGAAAUUGUAUCAAACGAAAAUAAAUUUUCUGAAACAUUUUAACAAAUUGUUAUUAUUUAAAAAUUCAAAAAAAAACACCCCAAAACGCGAUUUUUGUUGUGCUUAAAUUAAAUAAAAGAAAAACAAAAAUCCUAUAUAAUCGAAGGUUAUUUUAACGACCAUUUUUAAUUUUUGUUCACACCAAAACCGCCAUAUAUAAUGCCCUACAGUUUAUGAUAACAAAAUGUAUAGGUCAGAAUAAUUGCCGCCAAAACAGGUAAUUUAGGCGCUAAAAAAUUCUAAUUUUAAUAAAAAAGUUCAUUAAAUUCGUAAUUUUUAUAAUUUACUAUAAAAAAAUUCCUGAAUUCGUUUGUAUACAGUGGGAGUCUGUAUUCAUGUAAUUGGGAGCUCGCCUAUUUAAGUAUAAAGUAGGGCAGAAAUGAAUAUCUAAAUAUAACCAAAACAAAUCGAGAUUGUACUAUAAGUAGUCAAAUUUUUUUUGAAUUUUUUUUUAAAGUUAGUCUGGUACUUAUCGUGUGACUUCCUCUGUUAAAAUUAUAGAUUCCAAAGAAAUUUCUUUUUGUAAACGAAAUAUGUAUUCAAUUGGACAGUUCUUAUCUGUACAAAUUUGUUUUAAGUUUUCGAGAAUGUUCGAUAAAUAUAUAUAUAAAUACACAAAUUAAAUAAACACUUUUCUUAUAA